AUGCCGAAUAAAUGCUGUUAUAUAUGGGAUGAAACUUUACUGCAAGAAUCUGAUCGUUUACCCGCUGUAGAAUAUCGAGCUUCUAUGGUGCACGGUCUAAUAGCUGCUUAUGGUCUUCUUGAGAAAGUUCAAGUUGUACGCUCCGCCCCCGCUAGUUAUGAUGAUUUGAAACUAUUUCAUUCCGAAUUAUAUUUAGAACACCUUAAAACUCUAAACGAAAUCAACGAGGACUAUAUGACUGAAGAUAAAGAUGAAGAUUUUGGCAUUGGAUAUGACUGCCCUCCGGUAUCAAAUAUGUUCAAAUUAGUAACAGUAGUUGCUGGAAGCUCUGUAACUGCAGCUAAAAGUCUUUUACUGGGUGUAGCUGAUGUUGCUAUUAACUGGUGUGGAGGAUGGCAUCAUGCACAUAGAUUUGGUGCUGAGGGAUUUUGCUAUGUUAAUGAUAUAGUUAUAUGCAUAGAAAGAUUGCGACAAAAGUUUCUGAAAGUACUCUAUGUGGAUUUAGAUGUUCACCAUGGUAAUGGUGUCCAAGAUGCAUACAACUUAACUAAAUCAGUUUUUACAUUAUCAUUCCACAAGUAUGAACCAGGAUUUUUUCCUGGUACUGGGGGUAUAGAUGAAAUAGGAAUUUUGACUGGUAAAGGUUUCAUGUGUAAUGUCCCGCUCCAUGGCUCCUAUAACGAUGAGACAUUUGAAUACAUUUUUGACAAGGUUUUCCAUAAAGUAUAUGAUAGUUUUGAACCAGAUGCAUUAGUGAUUCAAUGUGGUGCUGAUGCUUUAAGUUGUGAUCCUAACGGUGGAGCUGGACUUACAAUUAAAGGUUACUGUGCCUCUAUUCAGAAAGUUUUAGAUAAAAGGAAGCCUACUGUAUUGUUGGGAGGAGGAGGCUACAACCAUACCAAUACGGCCAAGCUUUGGACAGCAAUAACAGCCUUAGUGGUAGAUGUGAAUCUUGACCAAGAUAUACCAGAACAUGAUCACUGGCCAAAAUAUGGCCCUGACUUUGUCUUAAACAUAAAGUCUUCACUAGUCAAGGAUGAAAACACAAAAUCGUAUCUAGAUGAAUGUAUUCAUAAAAUAAGUGAUAAUUUGGAGAAGUAUGUAAAAUCUAAUGAUAGCAGAAAACACAAGACUGAUGCAACACUCAAGAAGUGUGAUAAAAGUGAAAUUCACAUGAGCAACCAAUUUAAGAAGUACAAAAAAAUACAAAGUGAUGCUGUUUUGGCACAAGAACAUAAUGUGAAUGAUCAUACACAAACUUCUGAUGUGUAUAAAUUCUCAGAUUAA